AUGGUCAUCCGUCCAUAUCACGACAGUCCACAAGUAACUAAAUCAGAGAUAAUAAAUAUUUCUCAAGCGACGGCCGGCAGGUGCGCCAUCGACACAUUACAACAAACUGUAAAACAAAAUAAAAUGGAUCGUGUUAAGAAAUAUUUUAAAAAAGAGUUUACAGUGGACAUGCUGUCCUUAGGCCACGAUAGUGCGUCAGAUUUCUACCUGAGCUCUUGGCAAAGGAACCGGUCUGCUAUACCACUGCUGUUUAUAAGAACUAUCAUUUUUGUAGGGUGCGUUAGUAUAUUGAUAUCUUCAAUGGUUAUUACGUCUCGUGUUUUGACUUUUGGUACUUGGUUUAUAUUUUUAACCCACUGGGGACUUGUACUGAACACUGUGGCCUGUGGACAGGCCUUCGUCGUCUCUGUGAUAGCGUUUUCAAGAGGACCUAUCGAUGCAAGUUUGGGGCUGCCAUGGUACGUAAAGAUAUACUGGGCAUUUUACAACAUCUCAAUACCUAUAGCACUCUUCAUUUCCAUAUUCUACUUUGCGAUGCUCACUGAUUUAAGUGACACAUUUGGUAUGAAUCCAGUGCUAGACGUGUUCAUCCAUUUAGUGAACUCCUUAUUAAUGUUGAUAUUAGUGGCGGUCUCUCGACAUCCCACUCGUCUGUUACACUUCUAUUGGUCGCUGGGUGCUGCCUUCAUCUACAUGAUUUUCACCGUAAUCUUUCACUUCGCAGGAGGAAUAAGUCCUUUUGGCGAGUCAUGGAUUUAUCCCAUGAUAAACUGGAGUAACCCGGGACCGACGAUAGGUGUAGUAAUUGGCUCUGCUGUGGGAUUAAUUGUCUUGCAUGCAAUCUUAGUGGGCAUCACUGUCACCAGAAAGAAGCUUACACUGAGAUUAAGGCAGACUAAUUCAUUUAAUACCGUCAACUGA